GGAUGAGAGAAGAAAUAGUGAUUGAAAGAAGCAAAAGACACAUCCUGCAUGUGAAUUUUCACCGCUGCUCCUGUGUGUGUUUGUCGUCGAGGGACACUUGGACCUGCAGAGGCUGAUUUGACUGAGCGGCUCUAUUGUCCCUGAAAGCCACAGACUCCGGCUCCAGCAGCCUCCCUCACUUCCAGUGAGGCCAGUGAAGUGCUACCUCCAACCCAGCCGAGAUGGCUCCCUCCCUGGCCACAGCUUUCUCCCGCCGCUGGUGGAUGGCGGUGACGGCGGUCAUUGAAAACCUGCUUUUCUCUGCUGUGCUCCUGGGCUGGGGAUCCCUGCUCAUCAUGCUCAAGUCGGAGGGCUUCUACUCCUACCUGUGCAAAGGACCUGAUAACAGCUCCAGCCUCAACCGCUCCAACAUCAACACCUCUGCGCCAUCUGAUUCUGAGGAGUACCUGGAGAUGAAUGGCUGGCCCAUCUGCAAGGACCAGGAUGAGAUGCUGAACCUGGCCUUCACUGUGGGCUCCUUCCUGCUGUCUGCCAUCACCCUGCCCAUGGGCAUCGUCAUGGACAAAUAUGGUCCACGGAAGCUACGACUUCUGGGCAGUGCCUGCUUUGCGUUCUCUUGCCUCCUCAUCGCCUACGGUGCCAGUGAUCCCAACAAUCUGUCCAUCCUGAUCUUCUUUGCUUUGGCGAUGAAUGGGUUUGGAGGCAUGUGCAUGACCUUCACUUCACUGACACUUCCCAACAUGUUUGGAGACCUGAGGUCAACCUUCAUUUCUCUGAUGAUUGGAUCCUACGCCUCCUCUGCUGUCACUUUUCCCGGCAUCAAGGUGAUCUAUGAUCUGGGUGCAACCUUCAUCAUCAUCCUGCUGGUGUGGGCCGCCUGCGCUUGCCUCGUCUUCUUCAACUGCUUCGUCAACUGGCCUCUGGAGCCCUUCCCCGGCCCAGAGGACAUGGACUACACGGUGAAGAUCAAGUUCAGCUGGCUGGGCUUUGACCACAAGAUCACAGGGAAGCAGUUUUAUCGGCAGGUGACCACAGUGGGGCGCCGUCUCAGUGUCGGCAACUCCAUGAAGCAGCAGCACCAGCCGGCCAAAGACCUGGCCUCACAGGAGGCCAACAAGCUGUGCCUGUCCACUGUUGACCUGGACGUGAAGUGCAAAGCCAAGGAAGAGACUCAGUCCUUCAUGAAGAGUAUCCUCAGUCCUAUCUUCAUGCUGAGCCUCAUCACCAUGUGUGUGACCCAGCUGCGCCUCAUCUUCUACAUGGGAGCCAUGAACACCAUCCUGGAGUCCCUGACAGAGGGAGACCUCAGCACAGUGAGUGUUUACACGUCCAUCUUUGGCGUGCUCCAGCUUUUGUGUCUGGUCACCUCUCCUGUGAUUGGCCAAGUCAUGGACUGGAGGCUCAAGGACUGCGAGGAGGAUAAUGACAAGAGUGCCAAGAGGGAGCCUGGUCAGCCCCGUCGCACCGACAAACAGAUACAGAAGAUCAUCAACGCCACCAGAGCCUUUAUCUUCACUAACCUACUCCUGGUUUGCUUUGGAGUCACCUGCAUCAUCCCUAACCUGCCACUUCAGAUUCUGUCCUUUAUCCUGCACACUAUUGUCAGAGGCUUCAUCCACUCUGCAGUCGGGGGCCUCUAUGCAGCUGUGUACCCAUCCUCCCAGUUUGGCAGCCUGACAGGCAUGCAGUCUCUGAUCAGCGCUCUGUUCGCCCUGCUCCAACAGCCUCUCUUCAUGGCCAUGGUGGGACCCCUGGAUGGAGACCCUCUAUGGGUAAACGUGGGACUGUUGGUGGUUAGCAUGCUGGGAUUUUGCCUUCCUCUCUACCUGCUGUGCCACAGCCGCCACCUGCAGCGCCUCAGAGACGAGCGCAAUGACGAUCCCAAGAUCUACGCCAAGAUUAACGACGACAGCAAGCCCGAGGCUUUUGUCUAGACCGUGAGGAAGAACAGAGUCAAAGAUGAUGCUUUAAAAACUGAAGAGGAUGAGCUACACAAAAAAUGAGGAGGACGGGGAGAAGAAGAGAGGGGAAUGGGGGGAGAGUGGGAGGAGGUCACUUGCCUGUGUGACACUUCUCUCAGUUCGUCAGACAGCUCACAAAUUAAACACACUUUCACUCACCAUUUCACUGCCAAUCUUAUUUGGUCAAUAUGACUACACACCACUGUGGCACACAGUCUCACCCUCUCUGAUGCUAUACACUGUUAGAAACCUGACACACACACACACACACACACACACACACACACACACACACACACACACACACACACACACACACACACACACACACACACACACACACACAGUUCAAGCUCCACGGAGAGCGCCCACUCACUCGACUGCAUCUCUGAACUGAGGAGAAAAUAGACUGAUGGCAGACUUUUUAUAUCUCCCCAAAUGACUCCUCUACACAUCUUUUCUUCACUCUUAUCAUUUUCAUUUCUCGCUGUUACAUCUGUCAGUGACGGUCGACUGGUUCAGCCUCUCCAGUCCAACUUUACAAAAAACAACAAUAGAAGAAGAAGAUGCCAGCCAAUGGAAAGCCACAGCGAGGACAUUUCUAAGGCGUCAAUGUAAGCAUUGUGCUUUUAAAGCCACCUAACAGUAACUGUCUGUGGCGUUGUAAACAUGUACAGCAGUAACCAUGAUGACCUUUGCUUUUUGAUUGGUUCAGGUUUGUCUGAGGUGCUGUUCACCCAGGAAACUGUCAUCUCUCUCAGACAGCACAAGCCAGUGUUUAAUGGGGCUGCUUGGUGUCUGUCUUAGUUUUGCAGACUUAAAUGUCUUUUGGGAGACAAAUAAACACCAAACACACACACACACACACACACACACACACACACACACACACACACACACACACACACACACACAAGUGGCACCCUUGGUCAUGGCAUCUCUGCUUCCUCUUGUGCUCCAGGGCAUUACGGAAUAACAAUCCACAGACAGCAGUAUUGGUAGCAGUUCAGAUUGAAACACACAGUAUCAUGACUUUUUAAUCAGAUAAGUUAGUCACGAAAUCACAGCAGCAUCUCUGCGUGUGUGUUACAUAAUGCAGUGUGAAAAGAAAAUGGUUUCUGGGGUCAGAUAAACUACACUGCAUGAUGCCAGAGACAGGGCUGGUCCUAUAUUACUGUUUCACUCAGUUACUAAUGCAGGAAGACUGGCUCAACCUGCCAUGUUUGUCCGUGUGUUGUUUUUUUUUGCUCAUGAAUUCCUUUUGUGUGUUGAAAAUGAAAUAUGUAACCUUUUUUUUGUUCCUCAAAUGUAUUUACUUGCAAUAUGAUCGCCGAUGCAUUGUUACUGUAAAUCUUUGCUCCCUAUACGUGAUCUGACGAUGUGGAGGAGAAGUGUGUUUUUUAAAGGCUGGAGUGACGUAGAGAUGGUGCGACAUAGAGAUGGAGCGACGUAGAGAUGGAGCUCUGCGUUAUUCCACUUCGCUGCACACAUGAAUUUGGAGUCUCGAUUCAUUGUAGCAAUAAGUGCUUCUGUGAGGUGCUGGGCAUCAUGUACACACACAAUUACACACAGACAGGCAAACGUGUACAUUUUAAUAACUGUAUUUCUAAAUCAAAAUGGUGCUAGUUGAAACACAAUUUUUUUUUUGCAUUUUGCUUUAAGGGGCAGUUGAGGUCAUUGUUACCACAAAGGCAACACAUUGACAUCAAAUUACUGACAAGAGCUGUUUCUUUAUUCAAUGGCAAAGAGGAUUCCAAAGAAUCAAUCAGGUUACCGUUUCAAAUAACUACUUUGCUCUUGGCUUCUUAUCGGUUUUCUGGUAAUUCUGCACCGUAACACAAAGUGCAACCACAGCAGCAGCUUUGGGAAACUUGAACUCACCUCUUACAGACAUAAAGGUAGAUUUGCUUGAAGGUAUCAGGCUGUUAAAGACACACUUCUCCAGCCCCUGAGAAAAGUGGUGUGUGAUGAGACUCAACACAGACAAUAAAAGAGUCUUUGUCUUUGAAAGGAAAAGAGUUGAUAUGAUACAGGGAGAUAAUAAUUUCUGUUUGAUUCAGCAUGCUGUCUUCAGAUGCCAUACAGAGAAGCUCCUCAGAUAUUUCCUGCCUGGCAGUAACUCACAGAGGCACUUCCAAAGACAGCCAUGACCCUCAGAGUGCCUCCUUAUAUGUGUUUGAAAAUGGGAGGAGUGGAUCCAGGCAGGAUGUGGCGCACCCAAUCCCUCUUUUCCUCCAUCUAUCCAUCCAUCUAUUGCUUUCAUCCAUCCAUCCCUCCCUCUGCAAGCACGCCUUGAAAUGUUUACUGAUGACAGGUUACAGAGCUGAGAGACAAGCCUCUGCUGCAAUCAGAUGCUCGCAAUGAAUGAUUAUAAGUGAGAAACGAAUGGCACAUGAUGCACUUUAGACCCCUAGAAACGGACCUCAGUCAUGUAUUUCUGAACGGCUUGCCAACACUGUAUUGUACACGCAAUGCAUGGCUGCUUACUAGUGGAAGAAUGUAUACUCAGAGCUUCAGAUGUAGAUUUUUUAAUACAGAACAUGGGAACGGAAAGAUGCUGUUAUUUUUUUAUAUUCACAGACUUAAAAAUAAAACCCUGUUCAUUAUAUCGCCUUUAUGUAGACAGACAGUGUGGCAGAGUCUUGUCUCUCACUUCAGGAACUUUCAUAAGCGUGGUUCAGAUAUAUUCAUCCUUACUAAACUGCAUGAGAUUGAGCAAAGAGAAUUGUACGUAAUAAAAUUGGCAGUGGUUAUUUAAACGUGUUUAGUUAGAUGACAAAUGUGAAAAAAGCUUUUGUAAAGUGAAAAAAAAUGUUUUGUAUAGAAAACUAAAUUCCCAUUUGUACGUUUCUAUGCAUGUCAAAUUAAGCGUCCCAAAAUGUUUAAAUUGUUGUAUUUCCAAAGUGCAAAACAACAGAUCUCAAGCUAUCCAUCCAUUUUCCACCACUGGGUUGUGGUGGCAGGCUCAGGCUUUCUAAGAUAAGCCAGACAUCCUUCUCUGAAUUUUUUCAUUUGUCAAUCUUUAUUUGUACGUUGUAGAUACAAACCCGCACAGAGACACUGAUUGUUUUUGCACUAUUAUUCCUUUAAAAAGUGGAAAGAAAUUCUCAUAUACUCAACAGUUGUUUUGAGUUCCGGUUUUGUACUUGAAAGAUACAACAAUGUGACUUUGUGCAUAGAAAUGUGAAAUUAAUUUGCAAUUUUUGUUUUCACAGAACCUUGUUCACAUUUGCCAUUCUUAUAAAACACUUGUAAAUAAUUUAACUCCACAGUGUAUCUGGUGGCGUGCUGGUGUGUCCUGUAACUAAUACUCCUGUGACUUGACAUGCUGUUAAGACUAGAGACGACAGACAGGUACAUAUAUACUCUGAUGCAGUACUUUGCUCCAGCACUAUGAAUGUGGGUGAUGAUGGACAUUGAUUUUUCAUUCAUUCAGCACUUUUCUUCACUGCCGUACCUUAAACAACUCACCCUGUCAUCAAUGCCAUCACCUUCCCCUGUCUAACCCCAGCCUCCUAGGAUAGGAAUUCUGCAGUAGUUUAGUGAUCGAUGUUUUGAAUUAUUGUGUAUUCUCUGAAGAUGAAUCCUAGCGUCAACUUGUGCUUGCGGGUGUUUUUAUGGUUGUGUGUGAUGAUAGUGAAAUGAGGAUUUCAGCUGGAACACAGACACCUUGUUUCCCUCCCCUGGCAUGUACCUUUUAUAUUGUUUCUAGCUACCAUUCGCCAGUUUAGUUUAUCUUUUUAUUAAGCUUUUUUUCUCUGAUGUUUACGAGAAUGUGUAUUUUCAUGGACUUAUAUUGUAUAUUUGGUUUUCUUUUGUCUUGUACCAACAGUAUAGCCAUUAUCAUUGACAUUUUCAAGUCAUGUUUCAACUGAAAGAAAAAAAAGAUAUCAAUCAAUAUAUGACACAAAAUAAAUACAAUCGUUUGUA